AGAGAGAGACAUAGACCGAGCCCCUAACACGGAGCAUGCCUCUGCGUCCGGCAGCCAGCAAACAUGAGCCACCCAGCCCUCCACGGCAGGACCAGCAGCAGCAGCAGCACACACACACUCACACACACACAUUCACACACCCUUACACGCACGCAGCAAACGGCAGCCAGGGGGCCAGCACUGACAGCGGCAGCUCCCGGGAAGAGGACAGCGGUGUUGCCGUUCCUCGCGGUGUUCCAGCCUUCCGUCCCGGCGCAGAGUGUAACAGUGCAAGAGCACACAUGGAGGAGCCGACAGGCAACACGGUGGUCAUCCGCAUUGGAAUCCCAGACCUACAGCAGACGAAAUGUAUGAAAUUCAAUGUGGAUGCUCCGAUCUGGCGGUCCAAGCAGCGGAUCCUCUGCACUCUCAACCAGAGCCUGAAGGAUGUGCUCAACUACGGCCUAUUCCAGCCGGCUUACAACGGCAAAGCCGGCAAGUUCCUGGACGAGGAGAGACAGCUGAGGGAAUACCCCUUCCCGUCCAUCGCUCCUGUACCGUACCUGGAGUUUCGCUAUAAGAGACGCGUCUACACUCAGACUUACCUGGAUGAGAAGCAGUUGUCCAAGCUCCACACCAAGGCAAACCUGAAGAAGUUUAUGGAGUAUGUGCAGCAAAGGAACACUGAGAAGGUCUCAAGGUUUCUGGAAAAAGGCCUUGACCCUAACUUUCAUGAUCCAGACACAGGAGAAUGUCCUUUGACGCUGGCAGCGCAGUUGGAGGGAUGUGGAGAGCUCAUCAAGGUGCUGAAAAGUGGAGGGGCACAUCUGGACUUCAGAACAAAAGAUGGCAUUACCGCCCUCCACAAGGCCGUUCGCAGCAAGAACCACACUGCUCUUAUUACACUGCUGGACUUGGGUGCAUCUCCUGAUUACAAAGACAGCAGGGGGCUGACUCCUCUCUACCACAGCUCCAUGGUGGGAGGAGACCCCUACUGCUGCGAGCUGCUGCUGCACGAUCACGCCCAGGUCGGCUGUGUGGAUGAGAACGGCUGGCAGGAGAUACACCAGGCAUGCCGCUAUGGCCACGUGCAACAUCUGGAGCACCUGCUGUUCUACGGAGCCGACAUGAGUGCCCAGAAUGCGUCUGGAAACACGGCGCUGCAUGUGUGUGCGCUCUACAACCAGGAUAGCUGUGCACGAGUCCUGCUGUUCCGGGGGGCCAAUAAAGAGAUAAAGAAUUACAACAGCCAGACUGCUUUUCAGGUGGCGAUUAUAGCAGGAAACUUUGACCUGGCAGAAAUCAUUAAGGUCCACAAAGCAUCAGAUGUUGUGCCUUUCAGGGAGUCCCCUUCCUACACCAACCGUCGGCGCAUUGUUCCCGGCACCCUGCCCUCACCACGCUCCUUGCUCCGCUCUGCGAGUGACAACAACCUGAAUGGCGACCAUGAUCACAUCCACGGUCCGCCGCCCCGAGAGGUCCGCGGACGCCCGGGUCACUCCCCUGUCCCCUCGCUGCGCAGCCUGCCAGCGUUUGGGCAACAACACAGCAGCCUCGGAGAGAGCCGUCAUGGGGAAAUCCCUGAUAGCAGUCUUCAGAGCACCGGCAGCUCCAGAUCUUCUCAUUCCCGUUCGCCAUCACUCCAUCACCUGCACGAAGAGGACAAGCCAGUUCCCAGGCGCUCCCACAGCCACGGCUACCCUCAUGGACAUGGUCCUCGUGGGAGACUCAGCCCUGGUUCAGUGCAGCGAGAUCCAAGCCCACCUCAUCACACCCCCCCAGCACUGACAGGCCCCCGUGGGCCCAAACGGAAACUCUACAGCGCCGUCCCAGGGCGCACUUUCAUCGUCGUCAAGCCCUACACGCCACAGGGGGAGGGAGAGAUCCAACUCAACCGCGGAGAACGGGUCAAAGACUAUGACUGUAAUGACGUAGAAGUGCUGAGUAUAGGAGAAGGAGGAUUCUGGGAGGGCACGGUCAAAGGGAGGACGGGCUGGUUCCCAGCAGACUGUGUGGAAGAAGUUCAGAUGAGGCAGUAUGAUCCACGGCUAGAAACUCGGGAGGACCGCACUAAGAGACUGUUCAGACACUACACUGUGGGAUCUUACGACAACUUCACCUCAUACAGUGACUAUAUCAUCGAGGAGAAGAACGCUGUUUUACAGAAGAAAGAAAAUGAAGGGUUUGGUUUCGUCUUGCGGGGAGCCAAAGCUGAGACUCCCAUUGAGGAAUUCACCCCCACCCCAGCAUUCCCUGCCCUGCAGUAUCUGGAGUCUGUGGACGUGGAGGGAGUGGCCUGGAGGGCUGGUCUGAGGACAGGGGACUUUCUCAUCGAGGUGAAUGGGGUGAACGUGGUGAAGGUGGGACAUAAGCAGGUGGUGUCCUUGAUCCGGCAAGGGGGCAACAGACUGCUGAUGAAGGUGGUCUCUGUUACGCGCAAACCGGAAUCUGAGGAAGUUGUUCGCAAGAAAGCUCCCCCGCCACCCAAAAGGGCUCCUAGUACCACCCUGACGCUGCGCUCCAAGUCCAUGACCGCCGAGCUGGAGGAACUGGCUUCUGCUCGGAGGAGAAGAGGAGAGAGACUAGAUGAGAUGUUGGCAUCCCAGGAGUCUAUGUUGCGUUCUCAACCCUCGGAGGCAGAUUACAGAGCAGCCACAGUCAAACAGCGGCCCACCAGCCGGAGAAUAACACCAGCAGAGAUCAGUUCACUGUUUGAAAGACAAGGGAUGACUCUCCACGGAGGCCUGCACCCUGGGAUUGAGAGGGGUCACAUUCAACUACCAAAGGGCAUGUCCAGGACCAAGUCUUUUGGUGCCACGGAGGAGGACCGGCUGUCUGCGCUUGCAGGCGAACAUCGAUUUCCCCGCAGUUCCUCAAUGACAGACAGCCUGCGAGACCAUUCACAGCCCCAUCCCAUCCCUCCACCUCCACAAACGGCACCUCCUCCGCCUCCCUACUAUCUGGACACCGGCCCUCCCCCGGCUUUCUGUCCUCCUCCCCCGCCAUCUAGGACACAGAGUCAGGGCCACGAGCCAGGAGGACGCUCCAGCUUCAAGCCCUCCUCCUUGGACCUGCCUUAUGAGGCUGCGCAGCGGCAAGCCACACACAUCGAGAGACAGAAGAAAGCCCGCUCCAUGAUCAUCCUGCAGGACUCCUCCCAUCUACCUGUGGAACCUACAGAAAUCCCCCGUCCUUCUGCUGCUACUCCACCAGAGCGAAUCAAAAGGAAGGGCCGGGUUAUUGACAACCCCUAUGCUAACGUGGGUCAGUUUAGUAUAGGACUGUACACACCCACCAAACCCCAAAGGAAGAAAAGUCCCCUGGUGAAACAGCUACAGGUGGAAGAUGCACAAGAAAAAGCUAGUUUGGCCUUAGCUGCUGCCCACUCGAGAGAGAGUUCACCCUCAGGACGACACCCACAUUCUCAUGGGCACACACACACCAGCCGGGCAGACUACUAUCAGCAGCAGCUGUUGGCUGAGCGAGAUCGUCUGCGUGCCCAAGGGGAGAUGAUGUUUCAGGGUAAGGGCCCCUUUGCUGCUGCAAUAGCUGGAGCAGUGAAAGACCGUGAGCGACGCCUAGAAGAACGGAGGAAAUCCACUGUCUUCCUUUCUGUUGGGACAAUGGAGGGGGCAUCUACCACCAGCUCAGAUGCUCCCUCUCUAAUUCAGUCUCACUCAAUCGAUGAGCGGAUGCUGACCAGAGAGCUGGGACAGCUGCCCCCCCCUGCUUUGGCUCUUAGUCCCUCACCUAGUGGGACCACCUUUAUCCAUCCUCUUACAGGUAAGCCCUUGGACCCCAAUUCACCACUGGCUCUUGCGCUGGCCGCAAGGGAAAGGGCGCUGACCUCCCAGAGCCAGUCCCCAACUAGCAGCCCAGAGCCUCGGACUAAGCAAGAGCGAGCAGGCCAGGGUGUAAUCUUCAUUGACAGUCAGACCAAAGAGUCUCCACAUGGGGAAGGGGCACCUACACCCCCCAAUUUUUCACCUAAAAGCGCCAAGGCGGUGGGUUUUGGAGUUGGACCCUCCCCAGCCUCAAUUUUAAUUCCCCAGCCCAUCAAAUCACAGUGGGCUCCAUCACCUGUAUCAUUCCGGCAAGAGAUGGAGGCCCGGAUAGAGGAGAGGAAGGAGGAGAAGAGACUGGAGGAUAAAAAAAGUAUGUUGAUAAGCAUCAUGGACACAUCGCAGCAGAAGACAGCAGGGCUAAUCAUGGUUCAUGCAACCAGUAAUGGCCAGGCUGUUGGGAUGGGGGAAGAACUCCAACAGGCGCCUGCCCCAGCGUCCACUGAGCCUAGCAAGUUACCUAGUCCACGAGCAAAAUCCCCAAGUCCAACCGUCUCCCAGCCGCAGGCCCAGCUCCAAGCCCAACCACAGGCCCUGCCAAAGACUCAGGGUCCUGCCAGUCCAGCCCAAGAGAAGAGCCUGGCUCAGGGAAGCUCGGAGGAGGAUGUGGACCCCUACACCGUGACCCUGCCUGCCGCCAUGUUGUCCUCCAGUGACGAGGAAACGAGGGAGGAGCUACGUAAGAUUGGAGUUGUCCCACCACCAGAUGAGUUUGCCAAUGGGCUGCUGGCACAGGCACAGGGGACGCCGGUUUCCCCGACUAAACCUGCCACCUCUCCCACCACCCCUACGACGCCAACACCCCAAACUCCUUCAACGCCAACAACCCCAACUGUGACCCCCACCCAGCCUCAGCCUCCCCAGCCCCCACCUACACCAAGUGCAGCAGCUGUCUCAGGGAAGCGCUCGGACCCUCUGGAGCCUCCACCAGUGGGCGAGUCUGGCUCUGCGGCUGACUCAGGUGUGGAGGAGGCUGACACGCGCAGCUCCAGUGAGAGAGAGCGAGACCACCAUCUCGAGACCACCAGCACCGUCUCCACGGUUUCCAGCAUGUCCACGUUGUCCUCAGAAAGCGGCGAGCCUGCCGACACACACACCACGCACACCUCCUAUGCCGACGGGCAAACCUUUGUGCUCGACAAGCCGCCAGUGCCUCCUAAGCCCCGACUCAAGUCCCAGAUAGGAGGCAGUAAAGGCUCCGUCACCUUCAGGGACCCUCUACUCAAACAGAGCUCCGACAGCGAGCUGCUAUCACAGCAACAGGCUGCUGCUCUUGCUGCCGCUGCCGCUGGAGGAGCUGGGCUCCUCUCAGGUGGUUCUGCCUCAGUGACUGGUCUAGCCCCCACCAAACCACGAUACCUCUUCCAGCGGAGGUCCAAGCUGUGGGGGGACCCGGUGGAGCCCCGUGGGCCGGGGAUAGGGCUCGGUAUUGGGAGUUUGGGUAACCUUGGUGGGCUGGGACUGGGGCUGGGUGCAGAUGAGGCAGCAAAACCAUCUGUUAUGGGAGAACUCAGUUCACGAUUGCAGCAGCUAAAUAAAGAUACUAGGUCUUUGGGAGAAGAACCACUGGGAGCAUCACUUGACCCAGGGAGGAAGUCACCAGUGGCAGGAGCCAGACUUUUCAGCAGCCUAGGCGAGCUCCACACCAUUUCCCAGAGAAGUUAUGGCACCACAUUCACCAUCCGCCCCGGCAGCCGCUACCCUGUCACCCGACGCACCCCGAGCCCGGGUUCAGGCUCGCCUGACCGGGGCGACCCUCUCGGACGAUUCUCGGGCUUCGGCCUGCCGACCUCACCGACCACGCCCCCGCAGACCAUCCUCAAAUCCUCCAGCCUCAGCCUUCCCCAGGAGCCCAAGGAGGUGCGCUUCGUGAUGCGGAGCGCCAGCGCCCGAUCCCGCUCCCGCUCCCCGUCUCCGUCGCCCUCCCACUCCCCCGGGCUGGGGUCACCGCUCCUGACCCUGCGACCCUUCCACCAAAAACCCCUGCACCUCUGGAACAAGUACGACGUGGGCGACUGGCUGGAGAGCAUAAAUCUGGGGGAGCACAGAGCCGGGUUUCAGGAACACGAGAUCGAAGGCUCACACCUGCCAGCUCUCACGAAGGACGACUUCGCCGAGCUGGGGGUGACGCGGGUGGGACACCGCAUGAACAUCGAGCGAGCGCUAAAGCAGCUGCUGGAGAGCUGACCCCUGCCCUGAGACGGAGCGACAGAUGGAGGGAAGACGAAGGCCGAGCCAGAGAGAAACAGAGCUGAUGAAAAUGUGAGGAACAGUCAGGGCCGCUCCUCUUUUACUCCGGCUGCUUUUUCUUUUCAGUGAACUUUCCGUUCUCGUUCUGCAUCGACACCCUGCACUUCGCACUGCACUGAAGAGGAGGAGUCAGUCCAUCCGACUGCCCCUUGCUCAGCCCCUCAGCGUCCGCCCUCCUCCUUUUGCCUGCAGCCCGUCAGAUCAGACCCUCAAAAUAAAAAUCUGGUCUGUCUCUGCUGAGUAGAAUCGCAUGAGCUCCAGUUAAAUAUUUGAUUUGUCAAAGGUUCCGUUGUUUCCUUAGUAACAACCACACUUUAUCUCUCACUCUUCCCUCCUCUCCUUUCUACCUCUAUACCCGCCCUCCAUCUGUUCGGCCCCUGAAAGCUCUUUACAGCGCGAGUGAAGGAGGAGUUGGACUAGUGGUUCCAAACAGAAAGCUCAGUUGCCUUUCAAAAAUAUUUAUACAGAGAUCAACAAAGAUGAACGCGGCGCUAUACGGACGUAGCGCUGACACAGCUCUGAAAGGUGCGUCUUCUGUAUACCUGCUGUUGUUUUUAAACUGAACACUUCAGAGCCCAGAGGAGGAGCUCCACAAAGUAAACCACAGGAGAAAACCCCUCUGCCUUGGUACCCAGACUGUGCUAUCUAUUAUAUUUGGAGAAUGUUUAACCAACACUCGUGGCUUUUUUCAUAAUCAAUUUUUUUUUUGGUUUUCCAAAGGGAAUAUUAUAUAUAGGUAUUAUAUUAUGUAAUAUAUAUGUAUCUAAUAUAGCUUUCAGAAGAAAAAACAAUGUCCCAAGAGGAAAUGUAAUAAAUUAAUCUGCGCCUCUUUUUGGUUUUUAGUAUAGAAGGCAGAGAAAUCUUUAAAUCUAUUCCACCAAUAGUUUACUCAUUUCUACCAAUUAUAUAAAAUAUAUAUAUAUAUAUAUAUAUAUAUAUAAAAUUGAAAGAAAAAACUCUAUAUAUAGAUACAGAAAUGAAAUUUUGUCAUUGGUCUACAACUUUCCUUAAGGUCACCCUUUCUUGAACCGUAGCAUGACGUGUUGCAUCAUGUUUUUGGAUGAAGAGUUUGUCGUUUUAUUUUUAUUUUCUUAUGGUCUUCCUUCAUACUAAAGGGCAUCCCGCAAUGUGAGGCUGAGACCUCAGCUGACACCCAUCCCCACCGCUUUUCGGCUACAGAUUGUCCUCCGUUGGCGAUUCCCGACGCAGACCUGUCCACAGUGAGGGGCCACGGAAAGAGCCGGCUCAUGAGGGGCUCCUUAGCUUUUUGCCUGUUUAUCACUCAGGGAUGGAAGUUUGUGGCACCAGCAUGACGAGGUUCUCGGCUUUUUAAACGAGAUCUAUUGAAAUUCUUUUAUCCAAACGCCAACGCAUCUUGAAAAAUGGAAGAAGAAGCUUUGAAAAUUCCCAUCCCUUUGAUCCCAAUGACCCUUGAAGAAAACACCGGGGUAUUUUUAAGCCCCCGUAGUGAGAAAAGUAUCUUUAAAAACAGAAAUCUACAUUAUUUUCUUUGUCAGGUUCCUCUACAUGGAACGUGAACAAAUGAAGCUGAAUCGAUAACAUGUCUUACUGGGCGCAUAACCAAUGAAGACUUGCCAUGCCCUGCCGGAACGCCAUCGCAGAACAUGAGCCUGUAGCUCCUCGGGCUGUGGGGAUGGGAAAGCCUCGGUGAGGUCUUAAAGAAAAUUCAGUAUUUUACAACCUGGCCGUGUCUUACACUGUCGCUGCUUCUCUCUGUAGUUACCGUUGUCCAGAUGAGUAAUCUGACAGUUUCCACGGUGGCAGCCAGAACUCUGGAAGUCAGACCCAGGUUGUAAGAGGGUCGAAAGACUCAUCUGAAAACGAUGAAACUGAAUUUUUUUUUUUUCUUCAACAAUACAAAUCUACAAUUGUACUCAUGAGUAGCUUCUGCUGGCAGUGAGAAACAGUGAGUUUUAUUCGCGCAACAAACUAAAGCAUUUUUUUCUUUUUUUUUUUUUGUCCUACCGUUAAAAACCUCUGCACAUCAGCAUUUAGGACGCCAAGGAGAUCGAACUUGGCGGGAAAUUUUUGUGCACUUUUUUUCUUCUUUUUUUCAAAUUAGUAAAAGGCGGGAGGUGAAUUCUACUGUAGUAUUGGGGUUGUAAGAAUAGCACUCACUGCCUCACUGUUUCUUUUACUUUGAACUCCAGUGUUAUUGUGUCCUCAGACUCAUUUGGACCUUUUGAUUUUUAUUCUUUUGAGAUAUUUGUUGAUGAUUUGUUACCCUCGGACACUGUGGGUAGAUUUUGUAGCGUGUGGAACAUGGUACUUUAACUUUUCACUCAUUUGAAUUUUAGAGUGACAGAAGGAAAAAAAAAAAAGGAAAAAUAUCCUGUCCAUUCUAAACAUACUUACACUUGUA